UUCUCUCUCUCUCUCUCUCUCUAUAUCCUAACAAACUCUCUGAUCUCUCUCUCUUUCUAUGUUUCUGUUUACUCUCAAAGAGACCUAGUCUAGUCAAAACAACCAUAUUCUUCAGCGUACCUUCUCUCAUCUUUAGGAGAUCAACACUUGGGCAAACUGCCACAAUCUUAAUUUGUUCUUCCAGCUCACCCUUCUCCUAAAAACCCAAUGGACUUUCAUUAUCUGCAACAUUUCUUGAUAUUCCGUACUGCUGCUUCUUCAUUUAUUCACGUACAAAACUGAAACCUUUCGGUCUUUGUGGGAUAGUAAAAAAAAUUAGACACAGAAAAUGGAGUUUCAAGAGGGCAUGAUGAGGUAUGUGGUUCACAAGCCCAAAGAGGUAAACUGGGGAUUCGAAAAAGACACAGAGAAAGGCAGAAUCAAAGAGACUCCUACUCCUACUAUGACUCCCAGGCGCAAAUGGAAGUUGAUGUAUCUCUUCAACAGGUCCUCAUCUUCACCACCUCGAAACCCAAAAUCAAAAGAGCCUCCAAACGAGUUUCUCUGUCCCAUCUCUGGGUCUCUCAUGGCCGAACCAGUUAUCGUCACCUCAGGCCACACAUUGGAAAAGGCUUGCGUCUUAGCCUGUAAAGCCCUAUCCUUCACUCCCACUCUCGAAGAAGACUCGUCCACACCAGAUUUCUCCUCUGUAAUUCCCAACCUCGCUCUCAAAACCGCCAUUCUCAACUGGUGCAAGACUCUCUGUGUAGACCCACCAAAACCCAUCGACCCCAUCAACGCUAAAAACCUCGUCCGUGCAUUAAUGGAGAUCGAGGUCAAAAGCCCAGAUACCCAGAUCAUAAUCUCGGGGAAGAACCUGGUUCAAGGGGCUAUAGAAAGCCCUACAGUGAAUCUCAACGACCCCGAGUUAACUCACUCCUGCUCGAGCUCAGUCGACUCAGUUGAGACCGCCGAGUCGACCCCAUCUCUCCAACUCGUGAUUCACCCGAGUUACAACAACAACAACUCAUCCUCGUCCUCCUCCUCUGAUACCCUAAACCCUGGUUUCAACGAAGAAGAGGAGCAGUUGUUGGUGAAACUCAAAAGCCCACAGGUGUUUGAGAUAGAACGUGCCGUGAUUUCGUUGAGACAGAUCACACGGUCCACAGAGAGCAGUAGGGUCCGCUUAUGUACCCCUCGGUUACUCUUAGCCCUCCGAUCUUUGAUCAUGUCCAGGUACUCAACUAUUCAAGUGAACACAAUCGCGGCGUUGGUGAAUCUGUCUUUGGAGGAUAUCAACAAGGUGAAGAUCGUACGGUCAGGAAUGGUCCCACUCUUGAUUGAUGUUUUGAAGGGGGGAUUCCCUGAGGCGCAGGAACAUGCUUCUGGUGCACUCUUCAGUUUGGCCCUUGAUGAUGACAACAAGACUGCGAUUGGUGUGUUGGGUGCUUUAGAGCCGUUGAUGCACUUGCUGAGGUCAGAGAAUGAGCGGACUCAGCAUGACUCGGUGAUUGCGCUUUAUCACCUCUCACUCGUUAAGAGUAAUAGGGUCAGGUUAGUGAAACUCGGGUUGGUCCCGGUUCUAUUGGGUAUGGUUAAGCCGGGUCAUAUGACGGGUCGAAUAAUGCUUGUGUUGGGUAACAUGGCUUGGUGCCCGGAUGGGCGGGCUGCAAUGUUGGGUGCGGGUGCGGUUGAAUGUUUGGUCAAGUUUUUGGGUGGGACCCAGUUGAACUCUGAGUCAACCAAAGAGAGUUGUUUGAGUGUAUUGUAUGGAUUGAGUCAAGGUGGAUUGAGAUUUAGGGUUUUGGCAAAAGCAGUUAAGACGGAGGAGGUGUUGAGCAAGUUGGUGAAAGAAGGGAGCAAGUGUGUGAGAGAGAAGGCAAUGACAAUAUUGGAGAUGAUGAAAAUGACAAGUAAGGAAUAUGAGGAGGAGGAAAUGGGGGAGGAGGUGGUGAAUUGGGAAGAUUUGCUUGAGUUGAGUCACACUCAGUAUCAAUCUGAAUGAGUUUUGAGUACAGUGUUUUGGUAUUUUGAUUUUAUUAAUUUUUUUUUUAGUUGGGUUGUAAUUAUUUGGACCUUGUUACAUGUUUUUAUUUAUUUUUAUGCUCAUGCUCUCUGGUGAACAAUUUUUUUUUUUUUUUUUUUUUCACCUGAAUCAUAGAUGGUGGUGAUGGUGUAAAUAAAAGUUUUCAGACAUUGGUGUAAAGUUUGCUUUGGUGCUAUUAUUCA